AUGGGACAGGCAGAACAACCCCUCCAUAUCGAAGCAACAAAGUACAACGGCAGGCACAUAGGUUUGGUCAAGAGGUUCCAUGAAAGAAGCGGAAUAAACGAUCCGACAGCGUACAUCCUGAGAAAGAUGCUGGACUACACCAAAACCAACGUCAAACUGAUCAACAUGAAAUCAAGAAGAAUCUUCUUGCUUAAAUGUAAAGAUAGAGAUUUGUUACCAAAUUUCCUAAAUUUCAAUACCAAUCAAAUUAAACUUGAAUGUAAGUAUCUAAACUUUAAGUUUCAAAAAUUGCAUGAGAAACAUAGAAAACAAAUCCUUAAGCUGAUCAUAACAGAUACAACUAAAAGUAUAAACCUACUACAGCUUAAACUAGAUCAGCAGAGAAACCUUAUCCUCACACAUACUUCAAAUGAAAUUUUGUCCACUUUUGAAGAUCUACAGUCAGAUAUUAUUAAGAAAAACAUAGAUUUAAAUACAAAAAGGCACAACAAAAAACUGGUCAAAUUGUCACAGUCAACUAAAAAUACCACACAAGUUCAAACGAAGAACACAAUAAAGAAUUUAUCAGAUACCAUUAUCCCAGACGAAAUUCAACUUCUACUUAGCCAAGACCCUAAGUUUGCAAUACGCCCCAAAGAUACAAAUCAAAUUCCAACAGAUCAAAUAAUAGCCAACAUCGAAGCAAAUAUAACGAAAUUAAACCAAGAAAACCAAAAUGAAAUAAGAAUAAAACUAAAUAAUACUUUAAUUAAACACCACGACAAAGUUAAAAAUGAAAAACUGAAUUUUAAAGAAAGGAAGGAUAUAACAGCAUUCAAUAAAACAAAGAAAUUUCUACGAGAUAAUCCACAGAUUGUAGUAACGAGAGCGGACAAGGGCAAUUCAAUAGUUGUAAUGAAUAAAUCUACCUACGAAACAAAGAUUAGAGAACUGCUAAGUGAUACAACAACAUACAAACGCAUAAAAAGAGACUUAACAAAUUCCUUACAAAAACACAAUAACGAAAUAAUUAAAAAAUGGGAAAACUCAGAAUUUAUAUCACCAACCCUCGCUAGAUCCCUCACUGUACAUAAUAGUAUUUCACCGAAAAUAUAUGGCUUGCCAAAACUCCACAAGCCAAACAUUCCACUCAGACCUAUUAUUUCUCAUACGCAGACACCAUUUUAUAAGCUGUACAAAUAUUUAGCAUCAGUUCUCUCAAAUGUUAUAAACAAAAAUCCCUUUUACACCAAGAACUCCUAUGAACUUAAACAAGAAUUAGAUACACUGUACGUUCCAGAUGAUCAAAAAUUAUUUUCUAUAGAUGCUGUGUCCCUAUAUACAAAUAUCCCCACACAACUGGUACCACAGAUACUGGAGGAAAAAUGGCACCUCAUAGAAGAAUAUACAGAUCUACCGAAAACUGAAUUCAUAGAGGCAGUGCAACUUACAUUGGGAACUUGCUAUUUUCAAUACGAAGACGAAUUUUACCAACAAAUAGAUGGUGUAGCUAUGGGUAGUCCGGUUGCUGGUGCAGUGGCUCAAUUAGUGCUGGAAUAUUUUGAAGAAAAAGUUUUGCUAAACUCAUCAUAUAGAAUAACAAUCUUCAAGAGGUACGUGGAUGAUUGUUUAAUUAUAACAACAGAAGAUCAAAUUAAAGAAAUAAUGGAAGUUUUGAAUAAUCUUAACAACAAACUGAAAUUUACUCUAGAAACAGAACUGGACAAUAAAAUCAACUUUCUGGACAUGACCAUCAUUAGAGAAAAUAACAAAAUAGAAACUAAAAUGCUCCGAAAAACCAUUAACUCAGACCGGAUACUUGAUUACAACUCAGCACAUAACAUCAAACAGAAAAAAGCAAUAGUAACCAAUUAUAUAGAUCGAGCAAUCAAAUUAACUUCACCACGUUAUAGACCGGAGAUACUAAAUCAGACCUCCUCCCUACUUGCCACAAACAAUUACCCCCAAGAAAUGAUAAAGAGAACAAUAAAACAACGCACUCAUAAAUUUUACAACUCACUAAGUUACCAAAAUCCAAAAACCGAGCCAAUAGUUUACAUACCCCUACCAUACAUCCCAACACUGUCUGAGAAAAUAGAAAACAUAAUGAAGCCAUACCCCAAUGUAAGGAUUGCACACAAACCAUUUAUACAGGUUAAUCAAUUAUUUUCGAGAUUGAAGGCAAUAGUCCCGAAAGGUCAAAAAUCACAUAUCAUCUACGAGAUACCAUGCAACCAAUGUAAUGGAGUGUACAUAGGACAAACGGAACAAAAUCUGAACAACAGGAUAAAAGGACACAAAUAUUCCAAAACUCAAACAGCCCUUUACAAACAUACAAUAGAAAACAACCACACUUUCAAUUUUGAGAAUACAAGGAUAUUAGAUAGGGAAACAAAUAAAAGAACCAGGGAAUUUUUGGAAAUGAUUUAUAUAAAACGAAACCCCAACUCUAUCAACGACAGAACAGAUAUAAAUGGUCUGAACAAAAUAUACUCAACGAUUAUAAAGAAGACAGCGGAAAACGACAACGAAAGAAGAAGAAGAGUGACAACGACACCAACUUGA